GUGUUGCCUCCAAGUGGCCAUAUUGAAAGCAGUGUGAGUCUGUCCGUGCUUCAUGUGGGGAGCAGGUCUGGCUGAAGACAGAUAAUUACGGCACACAGCCACUUCUGACGAUGGCGGCCAAUGAGGUAGAUGUCUUCGCACACGAAGAAAAGCGAAACCUGGAGCUCGGAGGUCAUGUGGGGUUCGACAGUCUCCCAGAUCAGUUGGUCAGCAAAUCAGUUGCACAGGGAUUCUGCUUCAACAUCCUCUGCGUAGGUGAGACGGGGAUAGGCAAGUCAACAUUAAUGAACACUCUUUUCAACACAACGUUUGAAAACGAGGAAGCCAGCCACUAUCAGAGUGAGGUGCAGCUACGGCCACAAACCUACGAUCUGCAGGAGAGCAAUGUCAACCUCAAGCUGACCAUUGUGCACACUGUGGGGUUUGGAGACCAGAUCAACAAAGACGAAAGCUUCAAACCCAUUCUUGAGUAUAUUGACGCCCAGUUUGAAAGGUAUCUCGAGGAGGAGCUAAAAAUAAAACGUUCCUUGUACAACUGCCAUGACACAAGAAUCCACAUCUGUCUGUAUUUCAUCGCUCCCACUGGACACUCCCUGAAGUCCCUUGAUCUCGUCACAAUGAAGAAACUGGACAGCAAGGUGAACAUCAUCCCUGUCAUUGCAAAGGCAGACACUGUAUCCAAGAGCGAACUGGACAAAUUAAAGAUCAAGAUAAUGAGCGAGCUGGUCAGUAAUGGAGUGCAGAUUUAUCAGUUCCCUACAGAGGAUGAAGCUGUUGCAGAGAUCAACACGUCCAUGAAUACUCAUCUUCCCUUUGCUGUGGUUGGAAGUGUAGAAGACGUUAAAGUGGGAAACAAGAUGGUGAAAGCAAGGCUGUACCCCUGGGGUUCAGUACAGGUGGAGAAUGAAAACCAUUGCGACUUUGUGAAGCUGAGGGAGAUGCUGCUGCGUGUGAACAUGGAGGAUCUCCGGGAGCAAACUCACGCUCGACACUAUGAGCUCUACCGCCGUUGCAAGCUAGAGGAGAUGGGGUUUAAGGACACAGACCCUGACAGCCAGUCGUUCAGCCUUCAGGAGACGUACGAAGCCAAGAGGAAGGAGUUCCUUGUGGAUCUGCAGCGCAAAGAAGAAGAAAUGAGACAGAUGUUUGUCAACAAAGUGAAGGAGACAGAGGCAGAGCUGAAAGAAAAGGAAAAAGAGCUUCAUGAGAGGUUUGAGCAGCUCAAGCGGAUGCACCAAGAAGAAAAGAAGAAUCUGGAGGAGAAAAGACGAGAACUGGAGGAGGAGAUGAAUGCCUUCAAUAGAAGAAAGGUUGCAGCUGAGACACUGAUGGGACAGGCACUCCAAGGCUGCUCACAACCAUUCAAGAAGGACAAGGACAAGAAGAAUUGAUUUUUGGAUCAAACAUCCAGUGAAACCAGGACUGUGUCUGCCAUCAGCAUGGGAAACUGAGACUGUCAUAUCUGACAUGACUUACUGACACUGUAUGUGUGGACUCAGUGUCACAGUGACUAUGCACGUAUGUCAGACUGAACAAUGUGAUGGCUGUAAGCCACUGUGUACUUACGGAUCAAAAAGGUAGCUUUGCUCAGUGUAUUUAAUUUGUCCCUAAUGCUGACUCUGCUAGACGCACAAUCCAUGGACUGUUUUCAUAACAUGUAGCUUGUGUUGUUUUAUGUUCUUGCCAUGAAUGUGUGUUCACGUCCUGGUGUCCCGUUGAAGAACGGGAGACUUUUAGUUACUGACUGAAUCGAACUGAUGGCUGUGAGCUGUGUUAUGUAUUAACAUGGAAGAAGCAUUUGUGUGCUUUCAAACAUGCAGCUUUUCACAAGUUGAAUGGUCUCCAGUAGGUUAUUGAAAGACAGAAUUUCUAAUAAUGUACAUGAAAAUAUUGAUAAUUGUUAUUGGUAGUUUGAGGUACGAAACGAUCUAACACCAUUCUGUGCAAAGUUAUAAAGAAAGUAAUUGAAUUAAUUUACAGUGAGUCUGGAAAUGAAGCAAAUAUGUUGCCAUAAUUUGUAUUUAAAUAAAUAAUGUCGGUGGAAACCCAAACAGAGCAUCAAUUCAUCUGUUGGUCAGCUGAACCCAUUCCCCUUAAACUCCCUCAGUUCUCUGGGACUUCCCAUCUCAUCAGUCAUUUGCGUGAUUCAAAGCAUUUCAUACUGCACUUGUUGUCAUCAUGAUGUAUCAGAAAUGUUUGUCUGAUUUAACAGUGUUUCUAUAAAAGCAUUAUCCCUUUAACUCAAGUUUCAGCUUUGAUUUUGUCUCCCUCAGUGGCAGCACACAGGACAAAUAACAAAACUUAUCAUUUGCACUAAACUUUCAUAUCUUGUUAAGAUUUGUCUAAUAACCUUGCUGAAUAUGUAGACUGCUUGUU